AUGGUUAUUGUUUUGUGGUAUGUUGAUAGAAGGGGAAGUGUGAUGGUGCGAUUUAUUGGUAUUGUUCAUGUUUGUGAAACUACUGCUUUGUCUCUAAAGAAUGAAAUUGUUGGUUUACUUUCUCAAUACUCUUUAAGUCCAUCUUCCAUACAUGGACAAUAUUAUAAUGGAGCAAUUUCUAGAAAAUGUGAUGACGUGCAAGAACCUUUAUUAGUGGUUUCUGAUAUAUUAAAUAUGGUGGGAUCUUCUUUCAAACAUAGAGAUAAACUUCGUGAAUCCCAAGCCGAUGAAAUUGAAGAAGCAUUACGUAAAGGUGAGCUUGAAACUGGGAGGGGUUUAAAUCAAGAAUUAGGUCUUGCUAGGGCUGGUGAUACUCGAUGGGGAUCUCACUACAAAUCUUUUAAUAAUUUUAUUCUUAUGUUUGGCCCUAUCACUGAUGUACUUGAUGCUAUUGUUGUUAAUGCACGUUUUGAAGAAAAGUGUAAGGCAAAGGGAUGCCUUAAAAUAUUGAGAUUGACUGAGCUAUAUCCUGAUGAUUUUGAUAAAUAUUCUAUAGUUGACCUUCGUUUUCAGCUUGAGAAUUACAUUGUUGAUGUUCGGGAUCAUGACAAAAGGUUUUCUGAUCUUAAGGGACUUGGUGAUCUUUCCAAGAAAUUAGUAGAAACAAAGAAGCAUGGGACUUAUCCUCUUGUGUUUCGACUAGUGAAAUUUGCUUUAAUUUUGCCAGUUGCUAUAGCUACGGUUGAAAGAGCUUUCUCAACAAUGAAGUUGAUAAAGACUGACUUACGAAAUCGAAUGGAUGAUGAGCUUUUGAGUGGUUGUUUGGUGCCUUAUAUAGAAAAAGAUGUAUUUUGUAAUGUUUCUAAUGAGGCUAUUAUGAAUACAUUUCAAAACAUGAAAACUCGUCGAGGAGAAUUGUAG